CAGCAGCGACUCGUCCUAUCGAUGAGGUUCGGUUUAGCCAAGGUGGAGGAUGGGAAAGGAAUGGAACUGUCCCAGCUACUCAAUGAGGUCAGGGCAAACUAUGAAAAGCUCCUCAGCAGAAAUCAGAUAGAGGCGGUGCUCUCGACACGGAUCCAGAUAGAAGAAGACAUAAGCAAGAAAAUGGACAAAGAUGAAGAGGCUUUAAAGGCUGCUCAAGCAGAACUCAAAGAAGCCCGACGGCAGUGGUACCACCUGCAAGUGGAAAUUGAGUCUCUCCAUGCUGUGGAAAGGGGCCUUGAAAACUCCCUGCAGGCCCGUGAGCAGCAUCACCAGCUGCAGCUGCAAGACCUGGAAGCCGUGAUUGAAGGCCUGGAGAGCGAGCUGCAGGACGUGAGGCGGGGCAUCGAGAAACAGCUGCAGGAGCACGAACUGCUCCUCAACACCAAGAUGAGGCUGGAACAGGAGAUCGCGACCUACCGGCACCUCCUGGAAAAGGAAGAGCUCAGAUAUUACGGUUCUAUCCAAGGUGAGCAACAAGACCAAAAACCUUCCACAAGCCGCGUCGGUUUUGUUUUACCCUCAGCCAUUAUAAAUGAAAUAUCUUAUUCGACAAAAUUCCCACAAAGGUAUGAGAAUGAAAAAGUGGGAACAGUAACCAAACAGGCGAUAGUAAAUGGAAACAUCGUGAAGGAGAGCACCGAGGCGCACGGCACUACACAGACAGAGAAAGUUGAUGACGUUAUUAAAGAAUGGGAAGGUUCCUUUUUUAAAGAUAACCCUCCACUAAGGAAAAAAUCUGUUUCUCUUCGAUUUGAUCUGCACUUAGCAGCUACCGAUGAAGGAUGUUUACAGACUCAGCAGGGUAAUGUACCAGAUAUCGAAAUCAGGCUUAUCAUGAGAAGAUCCUGUAGUAUCCCUUCUAUCAAACCUCCAUCAGCAGUUAACUAACCCAAAGACUAUAUUUGACAGGAUUUGCAAACGUCAUUAGGAUGGACCUACGUGAGCCAUGCUGGCCCCGUCCAUUCCAAGUGUAGGUUGUUACGUCCUUAAGGAAAAGGGUAUGUAGAUCAGUGUACAACGGUUCUUUUCAGGGCAAAACAAAACAAGAGACAAAGGUUCUGACUCUAAAUAUAGACCUAUUUUGUGGAGAGUAAGAGGCUUCAAAAUAAAAUUAGGAAUGCAAUGUAGUUCCUAUUUCAUUUAUUCUUCAAAUAAUCCCUUUCCCUUGAAAUUUUAUCAGAGACUAUAAACGAGUUGGGUUAGUUAUAUAUUUGUGAUUUCACUCAAUAUUUCAAAGAAAAACAAUCAUUUGUUUGAAUAUGAAAUUAUUAUCAGAGUCAUGCUAAAUCAGUCAUCAUAAUUCCAUGACUGUUAAACUUAAAAAGUUUUUUUAUACUUUGAAAUGUUUUAAAAGAAUCUGUAAAAUCUCAGAGGGCCUCACUACAAACUUAACCAAGGUGUUCUGUCGCUGCUACUGUUUUGGAGAGUUAUUUUUGUCUUGCUUUGUGUUUGUGUGUUUGGGGUUUGGGGAGACAGUCAUUGGUACGUGUAGAAAAAUGCCUUUCCCAGGAGUUCUUUCCCUUGAGCAGUUCUCAGCGGGCCACUGAGCAUGCCUCAAGACUAAUUUGAUAAGUUAAGUUAGGUUAAGCGUUUGCUACCAUUAUUUUCUGGUUUCCAGAAAAGUUACUCUAAUCAAAAAACCUUAAAAGUUGUAAAAAAAAUUAAACUUUAAAAGUUGCUUCCCCAUGCCACCACCGCAAAAACUACACAAACAACACAAGAAAAGCAAAUUUAAGAGUAAGUUGCUAAAUGCAUAUUUACUAGGACAGACAAUUACUCAACUUCUCACUAUCUAAAUUUGUUCACCUAGAAAGUGAAAUAGGAUUAUUCUGAGUGCUUGCUACAAGCCUUUGCUAAGGUAUUAAGAUGAAUAUUAAGAUCUUUCUUUCUCUCGUUUACACGAACAAUAUGGCUAUCUAGUGAAGAGUACCUGCAGUAUCUACAUUUUCAAAUUGUUCAACCUGUAAUAAAUAUAGAUAGAAAACUAUUUGUGAAUAAGUGACAUCAUGUUGCAAAGUUUUUAAAGCAAUCGAAUUUGUGGAAUACAGGGAUAUUUAUUUUAAGACAUUUUAAAAAAGUAAAACCUAUUUUAAAACAUUAGAAUUUAUAGGCUAUUCGUUUUUUUCUAAGCAGAAAUAAUGGCUGAUUACAACUCACCAUACUUUUUUUUCCAGCAAAAGUAUCACCUAAGGGCUACAGCUAUGUCAGCAUUUUCAGUAAAGCCUCUACAAGAUGUCUCUCUCAUGCACUCUUCUCUUUUUUAAUUCUUAUUUUCACGAAGGAAAAAGAAUAUGUUUUAACUAGGAGAAAAUGAUGGUAAAUAAUCUUUAACAUAAUAUAGGGUUAUAAUUUUUCCUCAAUUACUUUAUAUUUCAUUGAGCUUGGUUUAUUCUACUUAGUGAAAGGGGAUGAUUAUGUUUUAUCAAGGAUAUAACAGCAUGCUAAAUGUUUAUUCUUGCACAAGCAUCUGACCUGAAAUACAUUCUGUACAUGCAAGUGUUUUCAUUCCAUGGUGGUUACAUGCUGCUAGCCUUAUCAGAGCUUUAAACAUGUAGUCAUGGACGCAACGGUGAUAAAGUUACUGUACUAAGCAAGAGUACACCUAAUAAAACAAUGUAUUUAGUGUAACCUAUGUGCCGUGUUAAAAUUUUAGUCCUGGGCAACCUGAAUGUAACUGCUUGUUAUAGUAAUUCUACUAUGCAGCUGGUAUGUGUAUAACCUGUACAUUUUUAAAUACUUGGAUUUAUAACCAAGUUUAUUUGCAUUUAAAAUUGGGAUAUGAAUUUACCAAAGUAAAUGAUACCACGACAAUAAAAAAAUAAAUGAAAGGUGAACUCUGCAAAUACAAAACUGCAUUGCAUUUGAUGCUGACGCAGUCUUUGCAAUGGGAAGACGUCUGUGCGUGGGGAAGCUUCAGCGGGAUUGGCUCACUGGGGAAGGGAGGGGCCACAAUAGAAGAUGAAUGGAUUUCAUGCUUUUUAAAUUUUUGCCAAAGAGAAAUUAAGAAUGAUAUAAUGGUAUUUUAUUCUAAUAAAAAGUGGAAAUAACCAUGUAAUCCUGGGAGGGGGGGUGUAUUAAGCGUAGCCACUGUUUGCAAAGGGCCUACUUUGUUCUCAGCAUUACUUGUCAGAGGCCUACCUCUCAAUGGUUAUGCCCAUCCUACAAGGUACAACACCUUAUCGUCAUUUUAAAACUGCAUAGCGAUCACUGCUCUCCAUUCUCUCCGAAACAUUUCCAAUGCACACUUCCGCAACAAAGUAUAAACCUAAGGAGUUAAACGCAAUGACAAACAUUGUAGGAUUCUGGCUCUGGUUCUGCCACUAAUUGACCAUAUCACCAGAAGGGACUCACUUUAAAUUCCCCAUGCCUCCCUUUUCACACCUGAAAACAAAGGCGCUGUGGACUGGAUCAUGUUCACCGAAUAGAUAUGUUGUCGGUCCUAAUCCCUGUACCUGUGAUUACAAUCCCAUAGGAGAAUGGAAUCUUCUUGUUAUGCUAACAAGGCCAUAUCAAUGUCGGGUGUGUCUUACACCAAUCAUUUCUGAGAUAUAAAAUGAGCACGGUAGGCCUAGCAAUGCCAGGACAAAUAGAGGAAGGCAGAUGCUACAUGAGAAUCACCAAGGAAUCAAACAACAGAAGCGGCCAGAGACAAACAUCCCUCCCAGAGCAGUCUUCUCUCAGAGUUGGUGCCUGCCUGCCUCCUGGACUUCGAGGACAUGGGUUGUCUGUCCUCGAAAGGCACCGCUGUGGAAUUUUUGUUACAGCAGCACCAAGAAAAUAGUCCUUCCUACCCUGCAUAGCACACAGGUGUUUGAAAUAAUGUACUUCUGAAAUGAUUUGAUAAGGCAUUAUUAAGGUACAGAAAUGACCUCAAGUCAAAAGUCGUUAAUUUGAAAGCUUCAAAUGGAAAUGUUUUAUGGUAUAUGGGCCAAAAUUCAAUCUUGGAUAAAUAAUAUGCAUAUAUACAUUACUCAAAGUAUCAAUCAUCCGAUGAAACCAUAGGAAAGUUUGUGCACAGGGCCAAAUCUGGUUAUAUAUUGAUAGUUACUGUCAGCAUAUAGACACAUUGAUUGCCACUCUUCCAGCACAGAGGAAGAAUACGUAUUCUACAAUAAGGGAUAUAGGCAAAUUAGCAUAAGUUAUUCCCAGUGACCUUCAUGCACUCCGGUCUAGACUCCCACUGCCAUGGAGUUGAUUCCCACUCCCAAUGACGCUAAAGCACAAAGUAGGACUGCUCCUUAAGGCUUCGGAGACAGUCUUCGUAGGAGCGGACAGCCUCGUCUUCUUCUCUCAGAGCAUCUGGUGGGUCCCAGCUGUUGAUCUCCUGGUUAGCAAUCCAAUGCUUAACCCACUGUACCACCAGUGCCCCUUAGGUCUACACUAGGGAUUAGCAAAUUUCUCUGUAAUUACUUUUGGUUCUACAGACUACAACGUCCCUGUAGCAACUAUGCAGCUCUGCUCUCUAGCCAGAAACAGGCAAAGACAAUACAUAAAGAAAUACAGCUCGCUGUGGUUCACUGGCAAGGUCAGCUGCGCAGACUCACCAGCCUGCUUGUGGAAGGCUUUCUGCUCUUGUAAACAUUCACAACCUCAGAAACCAAAGGGGGCAGUUCUACUCUGCCCUAUGGGUUCGCUAUGAGUCAGAAUCAACCCCUUGCGGUGAGUUUGGGUUUGGCAUUCUAAUAAAACGUUGUUUACAAAACCAGGAGGCAACCCAGAUUGGGCCCCCAGGGGUCGUUUGUGGAGCCCUGUCCUAACCUCUCAAUGAGGUCUGUAAAUCACAGACCCACAUCCUAGGGCCAUUCUGUUUUAAAACAUUUUCCUCCUUUACCGUAUAACUCAAUAUGUCUAUCAAUUUUGACUCAUAGCAACUUUUCAGGACAGAGUAGAACUGUCUCUGGGUUUCUGAGGCUAUAAAUCUCUAACUUUCUGGUUGGUUUGAACUGCAGACCUUGUGGUUAGCCACCCUAUACUAUGGCCCCAGGAUUCCUGCUCCUGUUCCAUACCAACUGUUUAAAAACUCAGGUCCCAAAUCUCCAAGGGGUACUCAGGUCAUAGCCUGAGGAUGCCUCCUAGUGGGCAUGACCUUCUUAUGAGGAUUCUGGGAGCUUCCUCUUUCUCCCUGGAGGAGGGCCACACUCUCUCUCUGCUUUCACCCUGCUGUUGACAAGCCACGUGGGGCCAUAUUUGAGGAGCCAAACUCAGAGAGAUGGAAGAGGCAUGUGGAAACCCCACGCCAGCGCUGAGAGGCUUCCAUCGCCACUGGAUCCACAAGACUUUCACCCACCGGCCUG